GCCGGUGGUAGCAGCAUGUCUGCGCUGCACCGCAGUUUAGGAAUCAUUUAUGCCAAACUAUGAAUGGACCUUGAAGUAGCAGUAAACCCUCGGUCAGCCUGUAAAGCAGCUGGAUUAGCCCGCUGCUGUUUCAUUUCGCAGCGGGUCCUCACAGAGACAGCAGAGCGCGCACAAACACGCAGAGGGGAGGGGGAGCUGCUGCCUUUGCGGAAGCCAGUGGAGAGCCGAGGCGGCGCUAAAUCAAAUUACCAUACUAACUAGUUCUCUGUGCGCCGAUGUGAGGGGAACAGCCUGAAGAAAAGCCUCCGUUUUAAAGUCAAGACACCUACGAGUCCGGCCUCAUUUUGUUGGGAUCUUCCUGCCGUCCGCCUGCAGAGGAGAUGGGGGACAAGGCGGGCACCAGAGUUUUCAAGAAGUCGAGCCCCAACUGUAAGUUGACGGUUUACUUGGGAAAGCGAGACUUUGUGGACCACCUGGACCACGUGGACCCAGUCGAUGGCGUGAUCCUGGUCGACCCAGAGUACCUGAAGGACAGGAAAGUCUUCGUCACGCUGACCUGUGCGUUUCGAUAUGGACGCGAGGACCUGGACGUGCUCGGUCUAUCCUUCCGGAAGGAUCUGUACAUCUCCACCUUCCAGGCCUUCCCUCCGGUGCCCGAGGAGCGGAAACCCAACAGCCGGCUGCAGGAGAGGCUGCUGAAGAAGCUCGGCCAGCACGCACACCCCUUCUACUUCACCAUUCCUCAGAAUCUCCCCUGUUCAGUCACUCUACAGCCCGGACCCGAGGACACCGGCAAGGCCUGUGGUGUUGACUUUGAGAUCAGAGCUUUCUGUGCCAAGUCAAUGGAAGAGAAGAUUCACAAGAGGAACUCGGUGCGUCUGGUGAUCAGGAAGGUUCAGUACGCUCCGGAGAAGCCUGGUCCUCAGCCGAUGGUGGAGACCACCCGCAGCUUCCUGAUGUCCGACAGGUCCCUGCACCUGGAGGCAUCUCUGGACAAAGAGCUGUAUUAUCACGGCGAGCCCAUCAGCGUCAACGUCCACGUCACCAACAACUCCACCAAGACCGUCAAGAGGGUGAAGAUCUCCGUGCGUCAGUACGCAGACAUCUGCCUGUUCAGCACUGCCCAGUAUAAAUGUCCCGUGGCUCAGCUGGAGGCAGACGACCAGGUGUCGUCCAGCUCCACCUUCUGCAAGGUGUACACUCUGACCCCGACACUGGACAAGAACAGAGAGAAGAGAGGACUCGCUCUGGACGGGAAGCUCAAACAUGAAGACACCAACCUGGCCUCAUCCACCAUUGUGAAGGACGUCACCAACAAGGAGGUCCUGGGGAUCCUGGUGUCCUACAGAGUCAAAGUCAAGCUGGUGGUGUCCCGUGGAGGGCUGCUGCGAGGCUUAUUGGAGAGGGACGUGUCGGUGGAGCUGCCCUUCAUCUUAAUGCAUCCUAAACCUCCGGAGCCGCCGGCGUCCCGCCCGCAGUCAGCUGUGCCAGAAACUGACCCGCCCAUCGACACCAAUUUGAUAGAGUUUGAAACAAACAGCAUCUCGCAGGACGACGACUUCGUCUUCGAGGACUUCGCCCGCCUCCGGCUCAAAGGUGUUGUGGACGACAAGGACGAGGACUGCUAGGAGCUCGCCAACCCCUUCAUAUGCUCGCUUCAAAACCACAACACACACACACACUCACACACUGUUCACAUUCCCCAGGGAUGGAUGAGGGUAUAUUUGGACGGAGGCCUCGGAGGGGCUUGGUGGUGUUCUUCCUCUCUUGCUUCAGCCAUUCGUCAUGCCACCUCCGCCAUUUUUCCGCCGUCUUCUCCAUCUGUUGUCUCUUGUUUCUCUUUUUUGCUAGAAAUUCUAAAUGUUAAGCAGCUGCAGGACAGAUGUUGGCACUGUGGAUGGGAACCUCUGCUGCUUGUCGUGGGCGGGGCUUUGAGAUAGAAAGCAGGAAGCUAAAGAAUCAGCAGCGUUCGUCCGCUUUGUUUUUGAAUGUUUCCCGACGAUCACCGUCCUGUACAAGCAGAAUAUAUAUUUGGAAAAAAAAUUGUUCGGUGGUGAUCGCCGCUUUCCUUCGAGUAAAUCCUGUAGAUAGUUUUUCUCGCGGUGGCUGCAGCGAGAGGAAAUACAUGUGCACACAAACACACACACUCAGAGAAGUCUUACAAGCGACUGAAGUUCGAUUUCACCAGCAUCCGCUCUCCUCCUGCUCCAACUGUCGUCCAUGUUCAGAAACGUUCGCCAUGUUCUGUCGGCUUUUUUUAAUUAUUAAAAAAAAACAUUCCAGUGCGGACACUUCAUUCAGAUCCCAGAGAUCAUUUUGCAAUCCUGCUUUUUAAGAAAUUACAUGAAAAGACGACAACCAAAACUUUAUCCACCCUCUCCGUAAGUGGAGCUAAUUUAACUCUUUAUUUUGGUUUAAUCCUGUUAAAGCUCAACAGUAAGCUGGUACUUGUCUGAAUACUGUUGUUGGUUAAGAGAAUGAAGACGUGUAAUUGCAACAAUGUGACAGCGAACAAAUUGAAGCUAAAAACAAAGCAUAUAAAUUUGAGAUGGUACAGGAGGCCUGAUCACUGAGAGUCACGAUUCUUAAUUUAUAUCCUGGGUUGUUUUAGUUUUCUCUGAUGGAACUAAAGAACACUCAAGCUUAGUCACACUGGAAUCUUUUUUUUUUUUUU